CUUAAAUGAAACCAAUCGAAUUAUAUAUUUAGCAAAUAUUAAAUUAGGUAAUUCUAGUUAACCAAAACAAGCAAAUAUUAAAUUAGAUAUAACAGAUACAUCAAAAUUAUUUUAUUUUUAAGAGAGAUGAAACAUGUUGGGAUUACUUACCUGUAACUUGAUGAUAUUGAUUCCAUUAUAUUAACCUAAUUUGAACGAAUUAUAAAUCCCUAAUACAACAUAUAAGUAAAAUUAUUUUGCUAAUUAAAUUAAUUUAUAUGGUGAGCCCCACCAUGAAGCCCACCGUGAUGUAUUAAUCCCUGAUACAACAUAGAACUAUUGUGACAAAUUGUAUAUGUUUUAAUCAUGAGGCUCACAUGGCUCUGUGAGGCCCACGGUGAUGUAUUUGUUUUAAUCAUGUUGUCCACCUAUAGUGACAAAUUAUUUUAGAGCAUAAGCCAAAAAAAAGGGGAUCCAAAGCUUAAAACAGUUCAAAAUCUGAGCCUAGACCUACCCUAGGCCUAGCCCAUUGACAGCCCUGGAUGUUGGGAUUCAACGCCCACCAUUAAAAUCUUCUGGUGAGCUGAAUAACUUUCGAUUAAGCUGAUAUCUGUGUUUUCCUUUCACCUAAGUGGAGGGGACUUUAUGAACGGGCUGGAAGACAAAUAAACAUAAGGUUUAGAGAGUUGAUGCCAAUAUCACCACUGUUUCCUAUGGUGUGGUCUACUUAAACCUUAGAUCUGUCUCCCUUUUGUGUUCAUGAUCUAAAAUGAUAUGUAAAAAUGGAUGGACAGCAUGGAUAAAACAAAUACAUCACAGUGGGCCCCACAGAGCCCUACCUAGACCGAGUUUGUCCACACGGAAAGAUUACACCGUUGAAACCUUACUGGAGCCCACCAUUAUAUUUAUAUUCCAUCCAAACCGUCCAUAAGAGUUAUUCUCACUGGGAAGAAUUAAAACACAUAUAUUUAGCCAACUCAAAACCUUUUGUGGCCCCACAAAAAAGGUUUAAUGGUCAGUGUUCAAUCCCCAGUGUUUCCUUUGUAUUGAUCUACUUGAGUGUUGGAUCUGAAUCAUUUUUGGGAUUCUGUCUAAUCCUGAGAUUACAAAACUGAUGGACGGAGUGGAUUUCUCGUGGACAUCGCAGUGGACCCCACACAUCUUCCACUUACAGGAACUUCAGUUGGCGGGGAACAGAGGCAAUUCCCGUCCAAAAAUUCCCAGCCUUUUUCUCCUUUCUUCCCUUUCUUUGCUGAUUCUUGCAGCGUCAUGCAGAUUCAAGGCUUCGAAAAUAAUUAAAAAAAUAAAAAAAUAAUUAAAAAAAAGAGAGAAAGAAAGACCCUAGCUUUGAAACAGAGGAAUGGAUUCUUCGGGAAAUAGAUUGACUUCUCGGAUCUCGGGAACUGAUGAAUUCAUGGCUCUUCAAUCCCAGCCCUCCAAUCCCCGCUCCUCCCUCGGUAGGAGCGCUCCCGCCAUCAAAGCUCCUCCCUCUCUGUUUUUCUCGAUUCUCGUUCUCCAGAUCCACUCCUCCCGCUCUCUCUCUCUCUCUCUCUCUCUCUCUCUCUCUCUCUCAUCCUUUGCGUAUUUCUACAAAGAGAUCCUCACACGUCUCUGCUUCCUUUUCUAACUGAAAAAUCUCUCCUUUCUCAAUCUCAUACCCUUCUUCUUUUUCUUCCAUCUUUCCCGAGAUUUGGAUUACUUGUUCUAUCUUUACCAGGUUAUUAAAGCGGAAUCGAGCGAUUAUUCUGUAAUGUUUAUAUCAGAUUUGGUGUAGAGAUUCAGAUGGGAAGGAAAAAUCCGGAUUCAUCGAUGCUAUUGUCACUGGCCAUAGCUGUCAAUAAAAAGCUUAGACCAUAAUUAGCACUAAAACAGGUGUAGUGUCAUGUCAAUCGAGGAACCGGGAUUUGAAAAUGCAAAUGGGGAAAUGGACUUUCCAAAAAGAGAUAAUAUGGUCUACAAGAUCCUUCAUGGUUUUCUAAAGCAGGGGAAUAGGGGAUUUAUCAAUAUUGCAACAAAUGCUGUAAGAAGAGCGACGAGUAACAGGUUAUCUAAUGGAAAUCGAGCAGCAUUUGAUGAUGACAUCAACCAUCAGAAUGACGUGGAUGAAAAGAGGCAUGACAGAAAGUCCGGGCCUCUUGUGUCUGGAAUAGCUUACUGCAUUUCUUCAUGCAGCAUGAUAUUGCUGAACAAAGUUGUUCUAUCAGGUUAUGGUUUUGAUGCGGGAAUAUCAUUAAUGUUAUAUCAGAAUUUCAUCUGUGUAUUAGUUAUUACCAUGUUGGAGUUAUUUGGAGCUGUAUCAAUAGAAAAGCUCACUUGGAAGCUGAUUCGAAUUUGGAUUCCUGUCAACAUAAUCUUUGUGGGUAUGCUUGUGACGGGCAUGUAUAGUUUAAAGUACAUAAAUGUUGCGAUGGUGACAAUCUUAAAGAACAUGACAAAUAUAUUAACAGCAAUUGGAGAAGCAUAUAUUUUCAAAAAGCGACAGAACAAAAAAGUUUGGACUGCAUUGUUUCUAAUGUUGACACUACGCCGAGUCAUGGAUACAGCAAAGCAAUCAACCAGAUCUGGGACUCUCAAUGAAAUUUCGAUGGUGUUGCUGAACAAUGUUCUGUCUUUACCUUUCGCCAUUUUCCUGAUUCUCAUCUUCAGUGAAUGGGAAUCUGUAUAUAACUCACAUGUGAUUAGAACACCGAUGUUUUGGGUGGUGGCAACAGCCAGUGGAUUACUCGGACUGGCCAUCAGCUUCACCUCUAUGUGGUUUUUAAGCCAAACUGGUCCCACCACAUACAGUCUGGUGGGAUCCCUGAAUAAGAUCCCGAUUUCCAUUGCUGGAAUACUGCUAUUCAAUGUCCCGCUCAGCCUCCCCAAUCUUUUUAGCAUACUCUUUGGUCUCUUCGCAGGGGUGUUUUUUGCUAAGGCUAAAAUGUCCUGAUUAAGUGUCGAACAAAUCUCUUACUCUUACCUGCUUUAGGUUCUAAUAUGCAGCUCUUCUUUUCUCUUUGUCACUAUGAUACCUCCUAAUUGCCUGUUACAAGAAAUCAACAGGCGCCACAGGACGGGUGCAUAACAUUUCUGCUGUUUGGUUAUAUCAUCGACAAAAAUCCGGCAAUUAUAUCAAACAGGAAAGCAUUAUACAGAGAUAAAGGCAAAUGCCAUUUGAAUGCAGUGGCGUGUGGAUUACAUGCUUUUAUUCUUUUUGAUAUGUUUAUUAAAUUUACGAAAGUAUAGCUAGGACAUCAUUUCAAAGGUUAUUUUCCAACAAGAAGAAUAAAAGGGAUGUUUUAAGUGGGCCCUGUUUUGAAGCUCAAUUAUUCUUUUGAUAGUCUGUAAUGAUCAUGAUUGAAAUAAAUUUCUCUC